AUGUAUUUUUCCGUCCUACUUCUUACUACAUUUCUCUACGCGCUCACUGCCAGCUCAACUCCUUGCCAUAACCCGAAAAGUCGACCUACGGUUACCAUAGACUCCGGGGCUAUUGCGGGGACUGUCGCCUGUCUUCCAUCUUCCAGUCGCUCCGUCAAUAAAUUCCUCGGUAUUCCCUUUGCUGCACCUCCUGUUCGAUUUAAGGCUCCACAGCCAGUCACGCCAUGGAGAAGGACGUAUGACGCCUCCAAAUACAAGCCCGCUUGUCUCCAGCAGUUCAAUUACCCGGAAGCAGUGCGCAACGAGUCAAUCAGGUGGUUCAACACGCCUCCGCCUCCCGCUGGAGAGAGCGAAGAUUGUCUAAAUCUCAAUGUUUUUGCUCCAGCGUCCUCAUACAGAAGCCCCAAGACCGUGAUGGUCUGGAUACAUGGAGGCUCUUACCUUUUUGGGUCUGGCUCUUUGCACCUCUACGACGGCUCCAGCUUGGCUGCUAAUCAAGAUGUUGUGGUGGUAACUAUCAACUAUCGGACAAAUCUAUUUGGGUUCCCUGGAUCCCCUGAGCUACCAGCAGCGGAGAAGAACUUGGGAUUACUGGAUCAACGGUUCGCCCUGGAUUGGGUUCGACGUAAUAUCGCAGCCUUCGGCGGGGAUCCAGAGAAAAUAACAAUUUUCGGAGAAAGCGCAGGAGGAGGGAGCGUCGAUGGUCUAAUUACCGCUCCUCCUGAACCUGUUCCCUUCCGCGCUGCAAUUAUGCAAUCUGGCCAGUCCACGAUAAGGGCUCUCGACCCUGACCCCGCUGUCGCAUGGAAAAAGCUCCUGGACGUGACUAGAUGCUCUUCCUCAAAUGACGCUCUCGAAUGUGUUCGCGCAGUUCCUGCCUUGGAGUUGAAAGAAAUCAUCGAACGGCAACAGCUAGUAUUUGGACCGACACCUGAUGGUGGCGUCACCUGGGCAGACUCUCCUCGCAAAAGGCGUCUCGAUUCGGCCGAUCAAAAAUCACUUAUUGCGCGUGUACCGGUGUUGAUGGGAAGCAACGCUGACGAAGCUCUUCCCUUCGCAGCAGGCAUGAAUGACACUGAGGGAUUCCUCCGUGGAUAUUUACUGGGCGUUCCUGAAAAGACUAUUCAAAACAUCCUGAAUACAUACCCUAUUGGUUCCCCAGGAAUCAGCGAUGAAUCCCAUCGUCUCUCCGCCAUCCUUACUGACUUUUCCUUCCAGUGCCCAGCGAGGUUAGACACAGAUGACAGCGCAGCCGCGGGAAUUGAUGUAUGGCGGUACUAUUUUAACGCGAGCUUUCCAAACACUGAGCUAGCCGAAGGAGGCGGAGCAUAUCAUGGAUUGGAAGUCUAUUCGAUUUUUGGAACGUAUCCUCAAGAAGGGGCCACGAAGUUCCAGAUAGAAGUUGGAAAGGGGAUGCAGGAGGCUUGGGCGAAUUUUGCCAAGAAUCCAAAUAAGGGGCCGGGAUGGGAGAAAGUUCCUCAACUCGGGGUGUUUGGCGGUGGUGCAAGAACAGGAACAGGCGAUGAAGACAGAAAGGUAUUAGAAACCAUAGAUUCCAAGGAUGUGGACGCGAGAUGCAGUGUGUGGGACGAGUUGUAUAAUGCUUCAAGUUAGCAACAUGAAUUCCAUGAAGACUCAGUGUAAUUAUAGAGCAUAGUUUUAUGAUAACGUCAGUUCAUUCUCCUCGAGAU